GAUCUUAUCACCAAAUCGGUCUGUAUGCUCACGUUGGGCAAAUAUAUACCUGCAUAUUGCUCAUCCCGCCCAUCUUAAACUGCCAACUAUACGAAAACACGUCCGGACACAUUCACCGGCCGUGAGUGGCCUGUGGAUAGGAGUUCAACUCGGUGGCGCAUAGUAGGCUCCUUAUCUCCGGCGAGGCCGAGAUAACGGCCCCGAUCCCACGGCCAUAAAUACCCAGCAGCAUCCAUUAACUGAUUCUCAGUUCAGCAGUCGGUGCAAUAAGUUGCAGGUGUUUUCCCAGGGCUCUUCGCAAAAGGAAACCUUCCCCUGCGAUUUGGAAUAGGGAGCUUCUUCCAUCAGACCACAUCAGUAUGUGCCUGCCAAAGCAAGUGGGUGGCCUGGCCAUCCAGAGUGUUGCCACGGCUCUAGGCAAUGUUCUGUGUUUCAACUUUGGCCUAAUGUUUGGCAUUACUCCGGCGCACAUGGCUCUUUAUGAGUCCGAGCGGGAUACCCCUUUAAACGAGGCCACCGAUCCCGCGGGAACUGCCUGGCUGACGGGAUACCUCUUCCUCAGCGCCGCCAUGGGAGCCUUGUGCUCUGGAGUCCUGGCCUUAAGGAUUGGGCCCAAGUCCGUGCUAAUCUGCUCCGGACUGCUUCAAAUUUCCGGUUGGGCCUGCAUCCAUUUUGGCUUCGACAUAGUCCACAUCUACGCCUCCCGAAUGUUUGUGGGCGUGGCAUCUGGCGCCGCCUUUGUGGUCCUGCCAAUUUUUAUCAACGAAAUUGCCGAAUCUCGAGAGAAAGCCGCACUGCUGACCUUUACCAUCGAACUGUGGCGCACGCUGGGCAUCCUGAUAGGAUUCGUCCUGGGCUUUUACAUGCCCUACGAUCUGGUCAACAUCGUGGGCUGUGCGGUAUCCUUUGUGUUCACGAUGACUUUCCCCUUCGUGCAGGAGAGUCCGCACUACUAUCUGCGCAGGAAUAAUGUGGCUAGCUUGGAGAAGUCCCUGCGCUGGUAUCGAGGCAUCCGGGACAUCGACGAUCGCGAGAAACCGGAGUACAUCAGUGAACUGGCCGAGUUUCAGGCGGAGCUGAGGAGCAAGGACAAGAAUGUGGGCUCCACGCCCAUGUCGCACGGAUAUAUCAUCCGGCUGACUUUCGUCAGCUUUCUGCUGACCGUGUGCGCCAAGCUGAGUGGCGUUUUUGUGGAGCUGAACUACGCUGCAGAUUUCCUCGGCCGCACCGGCUACUCCCCGGAAACCAAUUAUAUAAUCUUGGCCAGCGCCCAGUGCGUCGGAGCGCUCUUCGCCCGCCUCCUGGGUCCCCGUCUGCCACGCAAACUCCUGCUCUGCCUUUCGUCACUCUUCGCAGCUGCUGCGGUCAUGGCAUUGGCAUUAUUCAAGGUAUACGGCCACCUUUGGCAGCUGGGCGGUUGGGCGGAUCGCUAUUUGCCCAUUGUCCUGCUGGCCCUUCAGCUGGCCUUUGUUAGCUUUGGUCUUUAUCCGCUGGCUGCUGUUGUCAGCAGCGAGGUUUUGCCCACAAAGCUCCACGAUUUGCUGUACUCACUGGCAUCUGCCGUUUCCUGGCUACUGCUCUUCGGCAUGAUUGAGGCAUUUAAUGCGGUCAAAGCCUCAAUCGCCCCCGGCUUGGUGCUAUAUUUGUGGGUCUUUGCCGGCGCUUCCAUAUUCGUGGGACUUAUUUCCAUUCCACUCCUGCCGGAGACCCGCAAUCGACGUCCUUCGGCGGUGCAACGUGAGCUGGGAUAUGUGGACGAUGGCGGAGUGGCCAAAGGAUCGGCGGCGACCAACGGACACAUUUCCACACACAUCUGAGAUGCUCGAGUAUUAACUCACUGUUAGUUUUACUUAUGAUAUUAAAAACGAAUUUAGUUUUAAAGUUCUCACAAAUGAAUACAAAAAGUGGUAAAUGUACGAUAUAAAACACUGAUAUACAAAAAAA